UGUGUGUGUGUGCGCUGCGCUGAGCUGCGCCGAGCUCAGUGAGCGCCGGAGAUCUGCAGUGUGCGCUGCUCUGUGCCGGAGCAGAGGACGCGCGACACUUUGCUUGGCGGGUGGAUUUGAUCACGCUCCCGAGGAAGAGUCGCUUCUCCCUGCGCUGCUGUUGGAUUGUACUCUGCGGUAGACCUGCAGGUGGUGAAUCCUCGACCAGCUCGGACAUGGCCAAGAUAAGAAUGGAGAGCGUUGUACGGAGUUGGAUGUUGACACUUGUAGUGCUGUGUAAUCUAACAAAGGCGAGUAUGGAGGUCAACGAAACCCAACACCAGCAUCCAACCAACGUCUACCAUGACAUAGGAGUAACCAGGAACAAGAUCGUAACUGCACAGUUCGAGUGCUAUCAAAAGAUAAUGCAGGAUGACAUCCACGACAUACAGGAGCCCAUGUGUAACCGUACCUGGGAUGGCUGGCUGUGCUGGGACGACACUAAGGCCGGAAUUAUCUCAGAGCAGCCCUGCCCGGACUACUUCCAGGACUUUGAUCCCUCUGAGAUGGUUUCAAAGAUCUGCACUGACAACGGCCAUUGGUUCCUGCAUCCUGAGAGCAAUCGGACAUGGACCAACUACACCCGCUGCAAUGAACACACCAAUGAAGUCAGAGUGACUGCGAUGAAUCUCUUCUACUUAGCCCUCAUUGGACAUGGACUGUCACUGACGUCGCUCUUCAUCUCCCUGGCAAUAUUCUUCCACUUCAAGAGUUUAAGUUGCCAAAGGAUCACCCUUCACAAAAACCUCUUCUUCUCCUUUGUUCUCAACUCUGUGAUCACCAUCAUUUUGUUGACUGCAGUGGCAAACAACCAGGAGCUGGUACAGAGGAAUCCAACGAGCUGUAAAGUGUCCCAAUUCAUUCAUCUCUACCUGUUUGGCUGCAACUACUUCUGGAUGCUGUGUGAGGGAAUUUACCUGCACACUCUCAUCGUGGUGGCCGUGUUUGCCGAGAAGCAGCACCUCAUGUGGUACUAUCUUCUUGGCUGGGGCUUUCCUCUCAUUCCCGCCACCAUACACGCCGUCGCUCGAAGUUACUACUACAAUGACAACUGUUGGAUCAGCUCCAAAACGUCACUUCUCUACAUCAUCCAUGGUCCAAUCUGUGCUGCUCUUUUGGUGAACUUGUUUUUUCUACUCAACAUCGUGCGAGUGCUCAUCACCAAACUGAAGGUGACCCAUCAGGCCGAGUCGAGUCUCUACAUGAAAGCAGUGAGAGCCACGCUUAUUCUGGUGCCUCUGCUGGGGAUUCAGUACGUGCUGCUUCCCUACAAGCCGGAGGGACGCGUCUCCUCUGAAAUAUACGACUACAUCAUGCACAUACUCAUGCAUUACCAGGGUCUGCUGGUGGCCACGAUCUUCUGCUUUUUCAAUGGAGAAGUCCAGGCAGUUCUGAGGAGAUACUGGAACCAAUAUCAGAUCCAGUUUGGAAGCAGCGUAGGAAACCACUCCGACGCCCUGCGCUCGGCCUCCUACACAGCGUCCUCCAUCACGGAGGUGCAGGGCUGCUACAGCAUCGACGGCCACACAGAACACAUGAACGGCAAGGGCUGCCACGACGCAGACGCCUCCAUCUUAAAAUCAGACGGUCCCUUUGCCUGACAGCAGCACGCUGCUCAAACUCUGCCCAUCCUAUCCCACCCAUGAAAAGAAAGCUUUGAGCAACCGCCGGGGGAAAUUCGCCACAAUUCUACCUAUAAAGACACAAUGUCAAAAAGAAACGAGAGAGGAAAAUGUCUACAAAUCCAGACUCUCACCCAACUCAAGGAAACUUCUCGGUCACUCUGCCCUUUAACUGUACUGGGAGGUGAGCUCUUUUAUCUACAACUGAUCUGUUCACUUGGACUAAGAUGAUCACAAUUUUGUUGCAGCCUGUGUGUGUGACAGAAUUGAAAUGGAUGGAGUGUCUUUUUUGGAUUCAUUACACUGUUAAUUGUUUUUUUUCUUUUUUUAUGACAUGGUAUAGUGCCAAACCAAGAAAUCCUGCCUGGCUCUUUUUUUUUUUUUCUUCAAUUAUCGUUACAGAAAAAUGAGACAGGUGCAUAAUAAUAUAUAAAUGCUAUAUUCUAUCUAUCACAUGUUCAAGUUAAUUUAUCUAGAUGUAUCCUUGUCAACUGAGUAGAAAAAUAGAAUCAAUACCGCACAGUAUUUAUUUAAGUCACCACAUGAAGUUGAGCUUAAUUCUCUCAAAAAAAUCUGUGGAUUAAAUAUCAUUAUGUGAGUGUUGCAGGCUUGAUAUACACUUUCAAUUUAGCAUCUACGUGUUUGUUUGUUCAUGUGCAGUUAAUGCAGGUAAUGGUAUGAAUCACGCCAUUAGCACGCAUGCUUCAUUUGUAGAGAUUUAGACAUUUCAUAAUGCUAACUUUUUCCAGCGUGUUUACUGUAAGUGAUCCUUCUUGACGUGUGUAUUCUUAGUAAAAAACCACAUGGUCGGUGGUAAUGGAGCUUGUCAGCACAAUAGCAUCACCUCACCGAGAAGCCAUCUUGAAGUCACAUGUACUUCGAUAUCUACUCAUUAUACUUGAAUGUAACCGUUUUAAAGACCUGGCUCUGCUGAACAUAAACACAUCACAUUCCUAUACACGACUGUCUUUAGCCUUAUUCUUCUUAUUCUUCUCAAACGAUGGAGAUAGAAACGGGAAUGUAAGUAUGAACGGGGGAUUCAGGCCAAAAACAGCACAGUGUCAAAAAAGUAGCAUUAAGACAGUGACCCGAGAUGCACACUGAAACGGAGGAAGCUAAAUGGUACUCAGCCAUGUUUCAUUUUAACCGUGAACAGUCAAGAUGGUCAGCUGCUCAUCAGCUGAUCUAGCAGGCAAAGCUCGGAUCUGUAAUUUGUACUUUUUUUAUGAUUACUUUUCUGAUUUUAUAUCCUGAUAUCCAUGACAAAAAAAAAUUACUUUUAAGGUGUAGGUAGCCCUCAAAAUGCUGAAAUAAACAAUCAAUUAAUUCUGUUUUGCAUGGAAUGCUUGACUGGCGUACCAGCCUCUUUCACACUAAACUUAGCGGGUACACCUGAGACUUUUAAACCAGUUUGAAGCUGUUAAAGAACAGUUAACACAAUUUCCUGUGCCAGUACAGAUACUAAGUGCAGUCUCAACUUACAAGAAGUAAGAAUCUAUGGCAAGAAUAGAGCAGAGCAAAGAAGGAAUUAGCUUGUCCACUCGGGUCUUCAAUUUCCGAUCAGAGCUGGAGCCGAGAAAAACCUGCAUGCAUUGAGUCACUCAACACCAGAGUGAAUGCAGUUUAACUACGUUCCCAUAGUGGUGACCAGUGGGAGGACGAUAUCAUCGAUGUGCUCUGGGUCAGGCUUUCAUUUCGACUGAGAACAGUUCCUGUGUCCGAUGGCCGCGUCAGGGAGAUUAGUAGUGUGAU